GGGAGUGGGCAGGUGGAGACGGAGAGAGUGUGAAGUCAAACUGUGAGAGGAGUAAGAUGAAGGCUGAGGGAGGGAGGAGGAGAAGAAGAGCUAUUAUUCCUCUAGCACGCUGAGAGAAACCAGUGGGGAGCGUUCCUUACGAGCAGAAGCGAAGCAGCUAUUCACUCUCUGCCAGAGUGAGAGAGGGGGAGAGCGAGCGAUAAACGAGAGAGAGAGAGGUACACUACUCCGCUGACAGUGUGAACAGAACGAGGAGAGAUGAGAGAGGGAGGGUGAAGCAGAAAACUAGACAAUGUGGAGGGAGAGCGGUAGGUAGCAGCUUGUUCGGGAGAGGUGGAGAGAGAGGCAGAGAAGCACAAGACUAGCCACAGGGAAGGAGAGAGAGAGGACGGAGGAGAGACAGUGGAGGGAGGGAAGAGGAGGAUGAGGGAGGAGUGGAGCGAGAAGCUGAUCUUUGACUGUUGAGGACAAUGUGCGAGCGUGUGAGCGUGAAGUGUGCUUGUGAGACUGGGUGCGAUGGAUCACUGUUCCUGCACACUGUAAGUCUCAGUGCAUGGCAGGGCGUUUAGUGUGUGAGUCUGGUUUCAUUGUGUUUUACCAGACACAGCACAGUGGCUGAGGGAUUAUGACAGCUGGGGAGAGAGUGUGAGGCUCUUCUAUGUGUGUUGUGGUAGCGAGCAGGUGUGUGUGUGUGUGUGUGAAAGCAGCUGGAGACAGAGAUAGGUAGAAAGGCCAGGUACACCUAGAGGGCAGGAUCGCAGAGAGAGAGAACCCACGUGAGGGCAGAACUAGUGAAAACAGGGACACCAACUCUGCCACCAGAUACAGUGCUUGUACGUGCACGCGCGUCUGCACGGCGGCACACAGAAGAAGCACCGUUCCAGUCAUCUCAGGUCAGCGCGGUGGGGGUGGAGCCAGGGUCCAUGGAUAUCCACCAGGCAGCCAUGGGGGCCCAGUGAGCUGUAGUAGAGGACGCCCUCUGCCCCCAGUCCCACCCAGCAGCAGCACUCUCGCUUCCCCUCCGGUGGGCAGACGAAGGUGAGCCUAGGGCACCUCGAAGCCCCGAAGGAGGGCCUACAGCGGGUUUCCUGUACCCAGAGGAGGAACCACGGCCAUCAUGGGGGAGUGGACCAUCCUGGAGCGCCUUCUGGAGGCUGCCGUCCAGCAGCAUUCCACCAUGAUCGGAAGGAUUCUUCUGACCGUGGUGGUGAUCUUUCGGAUCCUGAUCGUGGCCAUCGUUGGCGAGACGGUGUACGAGGACGAGCAGACCAUGUUCAUCUGCAACACCCUGCAGCCGGGCUGCAACCAGGCCUGCUACGACAAGGCCUUCCCCAUCUCCCACAUCCGCUACUGGGUCUUCCAGAUCAUUCUGGUGUGUACGCCCAGCCUGUGCUUCAUCACCUACUCUGUGCACCAGUCGGCCAAGCAGCGUGACAGACGCUACUCCUUCCUCUACCCGCUGCUGGAGCGUUCGGAUUACGGGCAAAGUGGCACCAGGAAGCUUCGUAACAUCAACGGCAUCCUGGUGCACCACGGCGACGCUGGCGGGAAGGACGAGCAUGACUGCAUGGAGGUCAAGGAGAUCCCCAAUGUGCCGCGGGGGCUCACACAUGGCAAGAAGUCCAAGCAGCGCCAGCAGGAGGGCAUCUCGCGCUUCUACAUUAUCCAGGUGGUGUUCCGUAACGCACUGGAGAUCGGCUUUCUGGUGGGACAGUACUUCCUAUACGGCUUCAGCGUGCCGGGCAUCUUCGAGUGCGACCGCUACCCCUGCGUGAAGGAGGUGGAGUGCUACGUGUCGCGGCCCACCGAGAAGACGGUCUUCCUGGUCUUCAUGUUCGCCGUGAGCGGCAUCUGUGUGCUGCUCAACCUGGCAGAGCUCAACCACCUGGGCUGGAAGAAGAUCAAGGCAGCCAUCCGGGGCGUGCAGGCCCGCCGCAAGUCCAUCUGCGAGAUCCGCAAGAAGGACAUGACCCACAUGUCGCAGCCCCCCAACAUGGGCAGGACCCAGUCCAGCGAAUCCGCCUACGUCUGAUGGAGACAGGGCUAUACUCUGGGUAAGUGAGGGGGCAGGGUAGGGAACGAGUGGGGCGACCACUCCAUUCCACUCUCUCUUUUUAGAGUUGUAAUGGAAAGAGGAGGAGGGGGACGUGAAAAAAAGCUGCCAAGGAAUAUUUGCUGUAUUUUUUAUUUAUUAUGAGACCAGCUGCACCUGUUCUUGUCACCUUGUCAUGUGAUUUUGUUUUAUUGGGACGUUCCCAAAGUGCUGUACGGAAGUCUUCAAGGAGAGGCUUCUGGCUGUUGUAGGGUUUCCGGGCAAGAUGCGGUGGGGUGGAGAAGGGGACCGAAGGGUAGGCUAUGUCAUGAUGCUGUUCUGGCUUAUGUCAUCCAUGAUGAAGAGAGUAGGAGGGGUCGUGAGGAGGGGUCGUUAACUGAGAAGGAGCGGAAGAGCUGUCGCAACGAUGAUCCGACUCUCCACAAGCAGCACACACGGUGUCGACUCUCUAGCCCCUCUUUGCUGGUGUGGAGAGAGAAUGAUGUUCCUCUCAAGCUAGUCUCCAGAGAUGACGAUGACGGAGAGAGCCAGUGUUCGGGAUUCCUGGAGCAGGUGCCAGAAGAAACUGCUGUUUACAUUUUGUCUCCUGGCAAACAAUUAUUAACACAAACACCAUGAAGGAAUAUUGAAAACAUUUUUCCUCUACUUCUCCAAUGCUGGCACCUGCACCGUUGAGACUGAGGGUGGAUGACAGUAAUGUCUUCUCCUCUUUCUCCUUGGUGUAAACUUUAGAGAUAAACCCAAGGAGGUCACGCAUAAACGACACCUCCACAGUCACAAACCGUUCCCCUCCACACCAACACCCCCCACCAACAUCUCUCCAGCAUUCCAAUGUGUUGCGUGUGUUUGUGACUGACUGAAAUAAAGAUAGAAAUAAAAUGAGAGCGAGAAAUAGGUAAUAAGAGAGAGUAAAAGAGGAAUCUUCUCCUUGCAAUCUCUAUGGUGAAGGACCAGAUCAUUGUAUUACUAAUUUAUAUGUUUAUGAUAUCAUUAUUAUGAGCUGAUUUAUUCUGUUCGUGACAAAGUUGGUACCGUCCUUUGGAUUUACUUCUUGUUUGAAAGUUCCUGCAUAGUAUUUCCUCUUUUAGGUGAGAGAGUAUGUCAAAAUAGAUGUAUUUGUCUUUAUGGAGGGAGGGGAGGCCAAAAAAACAUGGUUGGGUUUUAUGAGGUUACUUUGUUCUUGUUCAUUUCAAAGCAUUUUGCCUCCGAUCGAUGGAACUGAAUUCGUGUCUGAGAGGAGGAUUGCAAGAGGUAUUUGAAAAAGGCAUGUACACAAGCAGUGCUUCUAAAAGGAACUAAGUGUUGUCAUGAAUGGUGCUCCUGACAGAGAACAAUGUUCAUCUACUGGUUUGUGCUGCAUCUCUCUCAUAUGUGGUGAUCAGCAGGCAUGCCUUUAAGAGACUGAGGAAAGUACCAAGGACAAUAAGCGCUGCACCAUGAUCCUUGAAGACAGACGGGAGAGAGAAAGGAACUCUCGUUGGGAAAAGCUCUGUAGCACCAGCAAUAAAAGCCCAACACACUCGCUCAACGCCACUGAACACAGGGUUCAGCUUUUCUACAAUAGUGGUACGCUCUAAAAGGGAUCCCACAUUUACAGCACAAUGGCCUUUGACCCUGCAGUGAGGCCAGACAUGGGAGGUGGAGGUGAGGGGGGUCCUUGUUGUGGAUAUAUUGAGGGAGUGGUUUGUACACUGAGCAGUAGUAGUGUCCAUGGCGAUGAAAUAAUAAUAAGGCCAAACAUGACCGGCGAGGUGCUUCACCAUACUGUACACUGUGCCUGAGUGUGUGUGCUUGCAUGCGUGUGUGCUCCUUGGUUUAUGUCCCAUCCAGAGACAGAAUCCCCAUCAGCAUGGUUCUGCUUGAAUGGAAAUGCUUUGGCCGGAACAUUCUCCUUGUGUUCUACCCCACGAUCAUAUGGGAACCCUGUAAUGGGGGUCACCCCAAGCACUGCCAAGGGACACACAGCCUGGAGUGUGUAAUCUCUGAAACACUCUGUAGGGAGCAGGAGAGAGAAGAGGGAGAGGGGGGAGUUGCUGGUAGACAUUGACAUCAACACUACGUGUUCUUUUGGCACUUGCGUCUGGUACACUGUAAAACAGAGUAGACAGCCCAGGUUGGAGAUGUUUGAGUUUACAGUGACACCGACUGGGCCCGGGCCAAACUAACUCCAGCCGAGAGGGGAGGACAGGGAGGAACAGUCCCAGCAUGCAUUUCACACCACUCAAAAUGUAUAUGACGCAAGCCAAGCAGAGAAAACAGACAUGAUAGGGGAAAUAUGGAUGCCACUACCAGUGGAAUAUGGAAAGCCAGAAAGCCUUUAGUUGCACAUUUGUUUGAAAAGAACAGGAAAUGAACAAUGUCCUAAACAGAACGACAGAAAGCCAUGACAUCGCUCAGACAGAGCCAAGGCCUCUAAAAACAAAGGCCUUGCCUUUGUCUAGUCUAGUCAUUCAAUUACAGAGGAUUUACAACCAAGUUUAUGGAGAUAGAAUGGUUCAGAACUGUCCCCAUGUAAGAUGGCUGACAAAUUGUUCCCUUCUAGAGCUUUGGGGCUCUAUGAAAUCAGCCUCUAGUGUUGUAUCUCUAUGUAUGAGUCCAGCUAUCCAUGCUCCUCCUCUCUAUCCUCACUGAGCACACUACUGACGUGGUGGUAUAGUCUUAUUGAGGUGUGACUGGUGAAGUGGCCAACGAAGACUCUUUAUUCAUUCAGGCUCGUCUGUGAUUCACCCUCUGAUACCAGUCGGUAAUCUCUAGUAUAGAAUUAGUCCCCUUCUUCAGAGCUCGUUGAAUGUCCGUGGGAUUGGAUGUGGCGGAGCCUUGUUCUCAGAAGACCGCUGAGAGGGUGUAAUAAUAGGAGGUUAAGGCCGGGCUUUCUUUAAAUGAUCCUGGGCCCUUGUCUUUAAGAAAUGGCUUGGUAAGGUUGGUCUGAAGUAUAGUAUGGAUAUACAGGACUCUCCCCACUGCUCUCCUGUCUGGUCUCAUUGAGGGGUAUAUAACAGGGUUGGGAUGAGGACACGUCCCAAAGUGAACACUUCACAGGGUUCUAGCGGUCCAAUGGUCUCUCCAGUCUAUAUGUGAAAAUUAUGCAAUUUUCUUUUUUUGAUUUGUUUCCUUUUUUUCCUGACUUGUGGAUUCAUUUUAUUGUCUGUUGCUCUUUUUUUUGUACAGUGAUGUAAUUGAAAGACAAAUUGGAAAAAGUCUUUUUUUUCCCUAUGUAAAGAACAAAACAUUUGAAAUGUGCAAACUGGGACGGUGUGUUGAAAUGUAAUGCACUAGUAUUGUAUCCCUCCCUUGCCAAAGUGAUAUGCAAAUUACAUGGGCUUUCAAAUGUAUUCUUUUUUAAGGCAUGUACAAUGGCUAGAAUAAGCAUGUUUCUACCUGUUUUUUAAAAACUCUCUUAAAAAAAGAAGAGGUUUUUUUAGUCGUUGUCCAAGCUUUUGAGAUAAAACGUGUAUUAAGUCUUGAUGUCAGGAAUCUCUAAUUUCCAACUCUUUUACAAGUCAGUACCAACUGUCAUUUCUAAACAGAGUAGCGUAGGGUUCAGCCCUGCUGUUUUUUACCACCAUUUUGAGAUACUUUGAAUUACCUGCUAUAAAAUAUUUAAAAUAACAACACUUAAGAUGUGAAUACUCUGAAUUAUACUUUUGUGUACUGUAAGACAAAUGUUUCAGGGUAAAUAAACACUACAUUGACAAAAUAGAGGAAACAACAAUCCAGAGUAAUGUAAAUGAAUUACGAUCUAAUUAAUUAGCUCUGAUGAAUGAAUCAGUGAAGCCCUACGACACAGUAACAUUAUGGGGACUGUGUAGCCCUCUGCUUCAGGUCAACACAUUGAGGGCUACUGCACAUCAUACAAACAGUCUCAGGAAUUAUGCACUUCUAAAUGAUUAGCAAUCUUUUAAAACUAGGUUUUUAUUCAUAUUUCUACAAUUAAUUCAACAAAACUUUUCUAAACGUUAUCAGACAACACCUGCAUCCUUUCUUAAAACAGGAAACAGCAUAUAGCUCAAACGGGCAUAUAAAGUAUUGUCAAUCAGUACACACAUUAGUAUUGUUACAUAACUUCUUGUAUCCAAGCCUCAACCAGCCCUCUAGCCUGAAACAUUGGUGCUAAUCUACCCUCACCCUGUGAUGCAUUGAAUCAGUGACGUAAUUUACCAGGCAAGUUCAGAUAACUAUUUCCUAGGAGAUGGAAGCAAGGACCUCUCAAGCAAGGACAGACAACUCUUCCAAUUGGCAGGAACGGACACCAUCUGUGGUGGCAGAGAGCAAAGCCUGGAAGUUGUGACACUUUUAAAUACCUGCUGUACUGUCACUCUAGCGCACUACUUCCACCAGCGCCUCCUGUCCUAACCUCACAUGUAGGGCUGCAUCAAACCAGUGGCAUGGGGGGUGUGGAGAGGUAACAGACCCAGGGUAAAGUCAUCAGGUCUGGCACCGCCCACUCUGGAGACAAAGGGACCCGUCUAAACAUUUUAACGAGACCGGCUGUGUUGAAGGUUUUAUAAACAAGGGCUUUAUAGUUUCAGCACAGAGAGUGUCUUGGUCUCCUUCAUCCCCCUUCGCCAUAGAAACAUAACAUACCGCUAUCCCAAUAUUUAUCUCCCUAAGAGGACGUGGUGUCUGUUGCUCAAGGACUUAAUCAAACCUUUAUCCUUGUGCCAAUGGGUGAUACGCGGUGCCGUCAACUUCACUAGCCUGAAAGACGAACACAUCGGAACUCUAGCUCAGGAAUAUCUACACAAGGCAACAGCGAACAUGACGUCCCCCCACGAAUGAUGAUACUUGUUUACAUUCCUUUAGCAUCCCACUCUCCACUCUGAGAGUCGGAGCCAUGAUGAAGCCAACUCUGUCUUGUUAUGUGAAGGACAUGACACCCACUGGUCCGAGGCUUCGACGUGCUAUAAGUGCACUCGAUGCAUUGUGCUGAUGUAGUCGACAAACAGCCACAUCGAGCUGGAUUAGGCAUAUUUAUUUAGUUUAUGGGGGCAAUUUCCAACCCUUUAAUCUCAAUAGUGAUGAGGUCAUUUCAUUCAACCGAGAGCUACUAGAUCUAGUGAGGACGGGGCUAAGGCUGUGAGGUUUUUCAGAAGGGAAGCUUUAGUGUGGGGAAAACGCCUACUAGUUCGUAUAGCCUACGUGUACCGCAGCAGUCCCCUCACCUGACACAGUGGCCCUAUGUGUCAUAAAGUAGCAUAGUUAGCGAGCUAGAGUCAAACGAUUUUUUAAAAAGCUAUUGAUUCUUGAUCAACAACACCGCUGCACUGUAAAAUGAAUUUAGGCUUCCUUACAGGAGUGGUUGUUACGGUUCCGGCAUAAAAAAUCAUUUCAAGAACGCGUUCGGGUACGAGAGUGGGUCGAGGACGAGGUAAUGUCUAUAUUUGGCUCGGUUGCAACCACAGGGUACUAAAAUGACUGAACGUCAGGUAUGUGUGUCCUUAAAGGAGCAGAAAGGGAGACGUAUAAGCUGUAGAAGAACAUCUAAUUGUUUCAUCAUAGCUCUGUAUAUCUCCAACAUCUACAUGGAUUUAAAAAAAUUAAAUAUGCCAAGAAAUAAAAUAAAAACCACUUGUUUGUGAUUUUUAAUGGAAAAUCUGUUGUUUUGACUGCAGAUUUAAUUUUAUAUCCAACUGACCUUAUUUGAAGGCUUCUUGACCAUUGUUUCUGACUUGUGUACUUGUAUGUGAAGACUGAAUAAAACCUUGAAUGUUGCACACGCUGA